CAGGAGAGCUCUCAGCUGGUGUGGGUAGGAGGGCACUGAUAAGGCGGCUCUGCGAUGCUGAAAGCUAUAAUAUCCUAGAAUUCAAAUCAUCAUCAUCAUCAUCAUCAUCGGAGCUGCUUUGCGAACAUCUUCCGCUCAAGCUCCUCCUUUGAACUCUCUCGUCUCAAACUUGAAGAUUGGCGGUGCCGGUCUGGCAGCAGCGGCGGCAGCAGCAGCGCUUUGUCUCUGCAAACGUGAACCGGUCACCGGGUAAAAAUGUGCUUUAGGUUUCACCUCGGUCACAGCUGGAGCACCUGUCCAAGCCGAGAGGAUCUGCCGAACAGUUGCGUCUAUCAAAUGGUGUAAUGGUCGUCAGUAAUACUCUAAAAACAAGGGCAGCAACACCUCUGGACAAACACAUGGAUUCGCUGGAACAUCCGAUGUUACAAGUGAGUUAAUCACACUUAAAGGACGCCGAUAUUUUUCAUUUUUCACUUCUGGUUGAAGAAAGACACGGGUGAACUUUAUCUCACCGUCUCUUAACCUGUCCGCUUCCUCGCUGCGAUUGGUGGCUUCUGGCUGAACUUACCGUAAAUUAACUUUUGAUGACGUAAGCCGUGAGGGCAUCAGCUCGUGCCACAGCGUUUUUGAAUUUUUAACGGUUGGUCUUAAUGAAAAAUGUCCUCGACGCCGUUAUCUUUAAGCUGACGUAAGUCAGUCUCAUGGCAAAGGGGCUCGAAGAAAAGGUCGUUUUAAAGGUUCAGAUGGCAGUACCUCCUCCGACACCACAACCAACAGCCUUGUCCGCCAGGGGGCUGAUCUUCCAAAAGGCAUGGACUACCUGGAUCCCUGCCAAAACAAAAAGAGAAACUUCAUUGGUCCAAUGAACAUCAGUCCACCUGAAGGGUUCGGCCGACUCCUACACCAGCCGUCCAUCAGACUCCGAUGUGUCCCUGGAGGAGGACAAGGAGGCAGUGCGCAGAGAGGCAGAGCGACAGGCUCAAGCACAGCUCGACAAGGCCAAGACCAAACCAGUUGCGUUUGCUGUUCGCACAAAUGUCAACUACAGUCCGAGUCAAGAUGACGAUGUCCCUGUGCCAGGCAUGGCCAUCUCCUUUGAGGCUAAAGACUUCCUCCAUGUCAAAGAGAAAUUCAACAAUGACUGGUGGAUAGGACGCCUGGUGAAGGAGGGCUGUGAAAUCGGAUUCAUUCCCAGUCCAGUGAAGAUUGAAAACACUCGUAUCCUCCAGGAGCAGAGAGCCAAACAGGGCAAGUUCCACUCAAGUAAACUGGGAGCAAACUCAUCCUCUAGUUUAGGUGAAGUGGUUCCUAACUCACGGAAAUCUACUCCUCCUUCAUCUGCUAUUGACAUAGACGCCACAGACUUAGACCCCGAGGACAAUGAGCUUCCAGUCAACCUGCGCUCCCCUAAAGCCAGUCCAAACACUGUUAUGUCACCCCUAGCAAAAGAGAAACGAAUGCCCUUCUUUAAGAAGACGGAACACAUUCCUCCGUACGACGUUGUGCCUUCCAUGCGGCCCGUGGUUCUGGUGGGACCGUCACUGAAGGGCUAUGAGGUGACAGACAUGAUGCAAAAAGCGCUGUUUGACUUCCUGAAACACAGAUUCGAGGGAAGAAUUUCAAUCACUCGCGUCACGGCGGACAUCUCUCUUGCCAAACGCUCAGUCCUGAACAAUCCCAGCAAGCACGCCAUCAUCGAACGCUCCAACACACGUUCAAACUUGGCUGAAGUCCAGAGCGAGAUUGAACGCAUCUUUGAACUGGCCCGGACAUUACAGCUGGUUGUUCUGGACGCCGACACCAUCAACCACCCGUCACAGCUGGGGAAGACUUCCCUUGCCCCCAUCAUAGUCUACGUCAAGAUCACCUCUCCCAAAGUGCUGCAGAGGCUCAUCAAGUCCAGAGGCAAGUCUCAGGCCAAACACCUCAAUGUCCAGAUGGUGGCCGCAGACAAGCUGGCUCAGUGCCCUCCUGAAAUGUUUGACAUCAUCCUAGAUGAGAACCAGCUGGAGGAUGCAUGUGAGCAUAUGGCUGAUUACCUGGAAGCCUACUGGAAAAGCACCCACCCCACAAGCUGCAGUCCCCCCAACCCACUAGCAACAAAGCUGCCCACGGCCACCCUGCCCACCAGCCCAGCCCCGGUCUCUGGGGUGCAGGGCAGCGGUGCAGACCAGAAAGGAGAUAAGGCAUUAGUGGAGAGAAAGGGCUCCAGAGAGGACCACCAGCACCACCAUCACCAUCACCACCACCACCACCACCACCAGAGCCAGGACCAGCCUGAUGCUGAUGCCGAAGCUGAUGGGGAGGGCAACGAGGAGGAGAGACCCCUGAGGACAGAGUCCUCCAGGAGAGCCCAGCACAUCCACCACCGUUCGUCUUCCACCAGGACUGAGCACCACAACCACCAUCACCACCACCACCAUCACCACAGCAGUCGUGCCCGGGGCCUCUCCCGGCAGGAGACUUUGGACUCGGAGACUCCUGAGAGCCGAGAGAGCAAGGACUCGGCUUAUAUCGAGCCACGCACUCAGCUCCUCCACCAAGAAGAGGAGGAGGAGGACGAAGAGGAGGAGGAUGAAGAUUUAGGGGAGGGGCACCCCCAACAGCAACAGCGCUAUGAGCCACUGCCUCACCGGGACCACAACCACCAUCACCACCACCAUCACCGUAGCGGGGCAGAAGAGGCCGGCCACAGCGCGGGACACCACCGCUCAAAGGAGCGCGAACAGGACCAUAAUGAACGGAACAAGCAGCGCUCUCACCAUCACCGGCCGGCACGUGACCAUCACCAUCACUACUACGACCGGGACAGAGAUAGGGAUCGAGAGGGGGAGGUGGCUCCCAAAAAGAGGGGUGAUGGAGGGGAAUGGGCCAGAGACUCCUACAUCCACCAGUGAUAGACCAAAUCCCUCCUUAAGCUCAUUUGGACUCAACCAUUCUGUUCUCCCAUUGUGCUGCUAUACCCUGAAUCCACAGCCUCCUAUUUAUGUACACUUCCUUUGUAAAUGCUGUUGCAUCUUUUUUCAAUGGCAUAAUUUUGAUUACAUAGAUACAAAUAUAAAUAUCUAAAUAUAUGUAUGUGUGUAUCUAUGCAUAGACGUGGUUUAUGUGUGGAUAUGCAUGGUUAUUCUUAAAUAUGCAUAUUUUAAACCUGUGUUUGAUAAAGCAUGACACAAAAGCAGAAUUUUUUUCUGUACUGAGCUGUGCUUUCUGUGAUUAGCAUUUUUAUUUUUAAUUAUUAUUAGAAUUUUUUUUUUUUUUUUUUUUGCUUGCUACCACUUGAAAAAUUUGUUACUUCAGACUACUACUAGGGUUGACCACAACGGUUGACUAACAAAGUUUAGUUUGAUGCUGUAUUUGCAGAGACGUUUUGUGUAAAACAACAGUUUGGCAAUUUGCGAAAUGCGCUUAUUCUGUUUUCUUGCCGAGAAUUACACUUGAUCACCAGUUUAUUAGGUACAGCUAGCUGAAAUGAAUGCAACACGAAGGCAACAGUCCUGCAGUAACUCCUUCCUACAUGAAGAGGUUGAUGUUGAUGCUGUUACCACUGGCUGGUGUUUCUAUUAUUUUCUCUGUGCCAUUUAUGUCAAUGAGGGUAGUCUAACAGAAACACCUUCCAGCAUUAAUGAAUCGUCAGGUCUCUAAAACCGCUGCAACAAAAACUGAACAUUAUAAUGAUUUACUGAAGGACUGCUGCAUUUGACUGUACUAGUUUUAGCUAUAUGUGUAUCUCCUAAACUGCUAACAGAGUCUGUACGAGAACAUUAAUACCAUGAGUUAUCUGUAGGGUGAAUAUGAACUGACAGCUAGCAGCCGGUUAGCUUAACUUAGACUGGAAACGGCUUGUCUGAGUCUGUCUGAAGGUGAAAAGAAUCCAUCCACCAGCAUCUCUAAAGCUCUCUAAUUAAUUAAGUAAAAUCUCAUUUGUUUGGUCUGUACAAAAAGUCUAAAAAUGACAAGAUGGGGGUUUAUGGGGCUUCCAACUUUAGCUAACCGGCAGUAGCUUCAGAUUUAACAGGAAGUGGUCUGGAUUUUCUCAUCUAACUCUCGGCAUAAAAAAAGAAAGCGUACAUCCCAUAGUGUCAGACUAACUCAUAAUUUUAUGUUCAUCAUUUAUUGCUUAGUUCCUUUUUUGUUUUGUUUUUUAAUUCUGUGUCCAUGGUUGUAGACAUUUUGGUUUUAUGCCUCCUUUGAGGUGCACCUUAGUCUUGCCUUACAGGACAAACAAUUUCUACAGUAACUUCCUCUCUUUCAUGCGGUACUGUUCUCUUUGUAUGGGUCCAGAAACAUUUUAUAACAUUGAUACACCCUUUACUCUGCACUUUUACAGAUUCACGUUGGUUUCAAGUGAAAGCAAUUUGAUAUGGCUUUGCCACUCACCCUACAUCUACUACAAAAACUCCACCAAGGUUCAUCUUUUAUUAAGUCAGACCCCUUUUCUAAUGAAUGUUGUUUAAGUCCCACCUUAACUCCCACUUCAUAGUAUAAAGAAUGUUCAUUUUAAGAGACCUCCUUCAGUAUGUUUCUCACUAAAAAUGAAAACAUGCAAAACCAACUCAAACAAUUCAACAUCUUUCCCAGACGAAGAUAGUUGUGUUUUCUGUUUUUUGGCCACUAGUUCACUUCCCUGACCAGGACCUAUUUAAUGCAGGCUGGUGGUGUUUGAUGGUUUAAGAGACUUGCCCGACACCUGCCCUGUGUGCUCAAUGACGCACAAGAGUUGGACCAACUCGUAUUUUCACAGAUAUCAUAUUAAUUCAUGAUACUGAAAAUAUGAAUUGAGCCCCUCUGUUUACAAACCCACCACAAAAACCCACUGUCCAUUCACUUUCUUUUUUGCCUGACCAUUUCUAUGCUACAUUUGUAGCAUUAUAGAUUUUCUAACAGUGUACAUGUGUAUGUACAUAAUGCAUAAAUAUAAAUAAUAAAGUUGGCAACAAACGACUAAAAUAGGGGGGGAAGAAGAAUUUGAUGUGUACUUUGUCAGAACACCAAGACAGAGGAGGGAAGCGGUUUCUAAAAAUAGUCAUCUGAAAACUCUACUGAAAAAUUGAGGUAGACUCACUGGCCUACCUCCUUAGUCGUCAUGACAACGUCGACAUAAAUGACAAUACUGAGGGGAUGCAUCUAAAGUGGGAAGCCGCUUCUCCGCGCACAGAUGCCUCCAAAAUAGACAAACAAGCGUUUCCAGAGAUGCAGCUGAUUUGAGCUCAGAACUGUGAUGUUGUUAAACAGGAAAACCUUCCGUGCGGCAGCGAAUAGAGCAGUCAUUUUAAACAGCAGUCUACCCCCUACAUGAUGCACAUAUGCAGGCAGGUGAUGUGCAGUGGACUGGCGUUUCCAGACAGAUGUGUAGACUGACUGAUGAGAACAUAAUGGUGUUCCCAGGAGGAGGGAUUGAGUCGAGGUCCCAAAAAGAAAGUUGCAUGACAGAGGAAUGGGCCACAUGUUUAUGCACUGUAGGCACAAAUCUCA